AUGAAGGUUGCUGAGUUCAAUGUACAAGCAGCACAACAAGGGAUGGUUUACAUUGAUGAAGUUGAUAAGAUAACCAAAAAGGCAGAGAGCUUAAACAUUAGCAGGGAUGUUUCUGGAGAGGGUGUUCAGCAGGCACUGCUGAAAAUGCUGGAAGGAACUAUAGUAAAUGUUCCUGAAAAGGGGGCAAGAAAGCAUCCUCGAGGUGAUAACAUUCAGUUGAUCAGCUCUUUUUGUUUGAUGGAUGCCGACAUUGUUGUCCUCCAAGUAAAAUUUGGCACGACAUGUGUUUCCCAAGCCAUGAUGCUUGAAGUGACUCUCAUUUGUUGGCUUAUAGAAAUGAAAUGUGUUUGUUACUUAAGGCUUUCAUUUUCUGACCUCCCAAAGUUGAUAGACACAAAGGACAUCCUUUUUAUUUGUGGCGGGGCAUUUAUUGAUUUGGAAAAAACCAUUUCUGAGAGACGGCAGGAUUCUUCAAUUGGUUUUGGAGCACCAGUUCGUGCUAACAUGAGAACAGGUGGAAUCACCAAUGCUGUAGUGACAUCAUCCUUACUAGAAUCUGUUGAAAGUAGUGAUCUUAUUGCGUAUGGCCUCAUACCAGAGUUCAUCGGACGGUUUCCUAUAUUAGUGAGUUUGUCAGCUCUAACUGAGGACCAACUCGUUCAGGUCCUAACAGAACCAAAAAAUGCUCUUGGUAAGCAGUACAAGAAAUUGUUUAGCAUGAACAAUGUGAAGCUACAUUUUUCAGAGAAAGCAUUGAGACUGAUUGCAAAGAAAGCAAUGGCUAAGAAUACCGGUGCCAGGGGGUUAAGAGCCAUACUGGAAAGCAUUCUAACUGAUGCUAUGUACGAGAUUCCAGAUGUCAAGACAGGAAUUGAUAGGGUAGAUGCUGUUGUGGUUGAUGAGGAGUCAGUGGGCUCAGUAAAUGCUCCUGGGUGUGGUGGAAAAAUUCUCCGUGGAGAGGGUGGAUUGGAGCGUUACCUUGCUGAGAUCAAGUUGAAAGACCAUGUGGGAAACGCUGGGGCAGUUGGAGGGGAACAGCAGGCGGGUGAAUCGGAGGUCUCAUCAUCUAGAGCAAUGAGCAUGUAA